ACACACGUAUACACUGACUAUUAGCUCAUUUUAAUGGUACAUACUUAGAUUUUUCAAAUUAUUCUACAAUAAAUACUCCCGAUACUCAAAGCGUAUGAGAUUAUAAUUGUAACACACCUUUGCUUGAUAACGAACUAAAUAUUCGAAAAGUAAAAUACAAUAUGUCUGCGCCCAUCAUAAAAACUACUUGGAAAUCGCAUUCAUUUAUAUUUCAUGAAAACAUAUGAUAAUUUGCCUUAAAAUGCUGGUGUACAAGUCAAGUUGGUACAGUCUUAAUAGGCAUAUUCACCGACUCAGGAAAAGGUUAUCAAGAUUGCAGCAUUGUAUUGAUACCAAUGUUUCUUCCAGAAGUAGAUCAAUAUAUACCACUCAGAGUCUUAAAAACAAGAAGAAACAAAAAAUAGAACUGUCAGAAUUUCCCCCAGAAAAUAUUCGGAACUUUAGUAUUAUAGCCCAUGUGGAUCAUGGAAAGAGCACAUUGGCGGAUAGGUUCUUGGAGUAUACAGGUGUGAUAUCCGACACAGAAAAGAACAUGCAGGUAUUGGACAAACUCCAGGUUGAGAAAGAGAGAGGUAUCACAGUGAAAGCUCAGACAGCAUCCAUCUGUCACACCUAUAAUGAGCGGCCCUACCUCCUCAAUCUUAUAGACACACCAGGUCAUGUAGAUUUCAACUUUGAAGUUUCACGAUCACUGGCAGCUUGUCAAGGGGUUAUUUUGCUUGUUGAUGCUAAUCAGGGUGUUCAGGCUCAGACUGUGGCUAACUUUUACCUGGCAUUUGAGCGUAACCUAAGUGUCAUACCUGUGUUGAACAAGAUAGACUUGCCCAAUGCCCAACCUGACGUUGUCAUGCAACAGCUUUAUAAGUUGUUUGAUAUCAAACCAGAAGAAAUCCUACAGGUUUCAGCAAAAUUAGGAAUAGGAAUAAAAGAAGUGUUAGACGCAAUUGUUGAAAGGAUUCCUCCGCCUACUGCAGACAAGGAUAAACCACUGAAAUGUUUGAUGUUCGAUUCCUGGUAUGCUCCAUAUAAAGGAGUGAUAGCAAAUGUGGCUGUUGUUGAUGGAGUAAUAAGAAAAGGUGACAAGAUUAUGCCUCACCAGACACAGAAAACAUACGAGGUGCAGGAAAUAGGCAUUAUGCAGGCAACUGAAGUUCCAACAGAUAUCUUAUAUGCGGGCCAGGUGGGGUACGUGACAGCGAACAUUAAGAACAUCAAAGAAGUCCUGGUUGGAGAGACAAUCUAUCAUGCUAAUGAGCCUGUAGAGCCUCUGCCCGGCUUUAAACCUGCCAAACCAAUGGUGUAUGCAGGUGUGUAUCCUAUAGACCAGUCACAGUUAGCCUUGCUCAAAGUUGCCAUGGAUAAGCUUACUCUUAACGACAGCAGUGUUGAAGUCCAUAUAAAUACCAGUGCAGUGUUGGGUCAGGGCUGGGUGCUGGGAUUUCUAGGUCUACUUCACAUGGAUGUGUUCAUUACUCGGCUUGAUCAAGAGUUUCAACUCUCCACAAUAGUCACUGCACCUAACGUUCCCUACCAGGUUACAGUUAAGGGUACAAAGGCAAUAAAACAGUAUGGAGGAGAAAUUGUAACAGUCUUGAAUCCAUCAAAGCUUCCGGACGUUAAUGUGAUUUUGGAAUAUCGAGAACCUAUGGUCAAGGGAACCAUUCUUGCACCAGAAGAGUACCACACCCAAAUUCUUAACUUGUGUUUGAGUCGACGUGGCACUGUUCCAGAACAGUCCUACAUUGAUGAUACACGAAUCAUGAGCAUCUCUAACCUACCGCUUAACGAGAUUCUAGUCGACUUCUUUGAUGAGCUCAAGAGUAUAACUUCUGGAUAUGCAAGUUUCGAUUAUGAAGAUAUUGGGUAUCAACCUUCAGAUCUUCUCAAGUUAGAAUUCCUUAUCAAUGGGAAUCCAGUGGAAGAGAUGGUAAUGCUAGUACAUCGAAGUCGGGCUCGAGCAUUGGCAGAACGAGUCAUUGGCCGUCUGAAAGAGAGUAUUUCACGUCAACAAUUCCUCAUAACGUUACAGGCGAAGGUUGGCCAGAAAAUACUUUCCCGGGAGGACAUAAGGCCCUACAGGAAGGACGUCACUGCAAAAUGUUAUGGUGGAGACGUGUCAAGAAAGACCAAGUUGUUGAAGCAACAAGCAGCAGGGAAGAAGAAAAUGCGCAUGAUCGGGAAAGUGGAGGUCCCAAGAGACGCUUUCAUCAAUGCCCUAAAGAAAUGAGGCCUAAAUUGUCUGUGAUUGAAAUAUUAUUGUUAUUUAUAAUAAAAUAUUUACACCUCAA